AUGACCUUUCCUAUAUUACAGAAACACAUUGCCAAUGAAUUGGAGGAGAACGAUGCCCAUAACGAUCUCAUUGAAUACAUCGAGGAGGAGGCAAUGGAUGUGGUGCCACAUGAAAAGCCGUUGUCUCCACUACCGAUCCUGCAUUCUCCCUUUAUCGAUGUGGAAAGCAUUGAUCAGGAUCAGAAGCAGCCUGAUCCCCGCAAAGCGGCGUUACUGGCAAUCGACAAUGAGUUAAAUAACGAAGAUCCCAUGCAGACAUGGCCCUAUGCCAUGGAUGUCUUCAUCUAUCAAAAGGAACGCGAGAAGGACUUCAUCAUUGGGGACUAUAUGGUUUUUCGGCCGCACCUGAACCCCUGGAAGCGUAGACUUUUGAUUAGAUGGAUGGUGAACGUGCAUCAGGCCUUUGGAACGUACAGGGAGAGUCACUUCUUGUCCGUCAAAAUCGUAGAUCUCUCUCUGUGCCGCUAUGCAAUCGACGAGGAUAUGCUGGAGCUCCUGGGGGCAGCGGCCAUCAAAAUGGCAAGCAAGUUUGAGGCUUUGCAAACCGUGCCGGCGAACAAGUUGUUAAAAUUCUGUAAACGAACGUAUACCGCCACCGAUCUGAUGGAGAUGGAGUGGUCGACGAUGCGCCGCAUUGGUUGUGACCUGGGCAUUCCCAUAGGAUACCGCUUUUUGCGUCGCUAUGCUCGCACUGCCGUGGUCCCGGAAUCAACAUGGACCCUGGCUAGCUACAUCCUCGAGUUGGCCAUAUUUGAAUAUGUCACCAUUGGGUAUAGUGACUCACAGAUGGCCGCCGCAGCUCUCUUUAUAGCGCUUCGCAUGAGCAACAAUCCCGGGCAGUUGGACGGGAACACCUGGAACGCAAUGUUGGUGUACAAUUCGGGUUACAAGCUUCCGGAUUUUGCCAGGCUGGUGCCGGUGCUGAAUGCCGUAGUGCAUAGCCAGAAUUGUGAGACAGUCGAGGCUGUGCGUAGCCUAUACUCGACGCCAUUGCUCUAUGAGGUGGCCAAGGUGCGAUCACUGUCCAACGAGGAGCUAUUCCGUGACAACCCAGAUCUGUACAACACCAUUCCAUCCUAG